GACGCCGCCCGUCAACAACCGUUGCCGCAUCUGCCCCCUCUCCAACGCGCACCGCUAACGCUUCCGUCACGUCGCCGUCACGCCGCCUUCCUUUACCCGUCCGAUAUCGAGCAGUUCUUCCUUUUGCUUCAACGGGCGAAGGCGAAAAGGUUUCCUUUUGAACUCUCCGGCGGAACGCGAGCGUCCCGCGAGAGCGUUGCUUCGAUUCGUGGGUAUCCAGUCCGAUCUCCGGCUUCCGACCUUCGUUCACGCAAGAAUUUAGAUCUCGCUUCUGGAUCCCUUCUGAACCUGUUGGGAUCGAUCCUUUUCUGGAGAUUUGCCUUCCGUUCUGGGUUUAGAAUCUGGUUGCUGCUUGCAUGGGAGAUGGUGGCGCCAUGGCUAUCGAAGUCAUGAAGAUUGAGCAGAGUUGUGUGGAGAACAAGCAACCGGGGGCUGCUUCGAGUUCAUCCAUGUCUGAAGGAAGUUAUGGGUUUUCUGGGAUGUCUCCGUCCGUUUGUAGCUCCUCGAGGUCUUCCCCAUCCCAUAGGAGAACUAGUGGUCCAAUAAGGCGAGCCAAGGGUGGCUGGACACCACAAGAGGAUGAGACAUUAAGGAGAGCUGUUGAAAUCUACAAAGGAAGGUGCUGGAAAAAAAUAGCUGAAUCUUUUCCAAAUAGAACAGAAGUUCAAUGUCUUCAUCGGUGGCAAAAAGUUCUCAAUCCUGAACUUAUUAAAGGUCCAUGGACUCAAGAGGAAGAUGAGCAAAUAAUUAGUCUUGUAGCAAAGUAUGGGCCAUCAAAAUGGUCUACCAUUGCAAAGAGUCUUCCUGGACGAAUUGGGAAACAAUGUAGGGAGAGAUGGCAUAAUCAUUUGGAUCCAACGAUAAGAAAAGACGCAUGGACUUCCCAGGAGGAGCUUGCUCUCAUGAAUGCCCAUUGUGUGUACGGAAAUAAAUGGGCAGAAAUUGCGAAGGUCUUACCUGGAAGAACUGACAAUUCAAUAAAGAACCACUGGAAUAGUUCAUUGAAGAAAAAGUCAGAUUUCUUCUUGGCUACUGGUAAGCUUUCACCAGUUCCCAAAGCUGAAAUUCUUGAUGGCCCGAAGGACAUAUCAAACAUAGGUGGUGGAAAUACACUUCUAAGUCCGAGAGAUAGAACAGAGAAUGGUUCUAGAGCUUUGUCUGGAUCAGCCAGUUCCUCAGAUUCUGGACUGCAUUCUGAAGCAUUUAGAUUGGAUGGUCAAAAGAAUUGGUUGCAACUAUCAUUACUUCAUAAUCCUAAAGCAGAUACUUCAACAACUAUAACGGCAAACCAAGUUCAUGAUCCAAAUUCCCAGUCCAACAUGCACACUCCAGUUUCUGAGAUCUGCCAUGGAUAUGAAGGUGGAAAAGAACUUGCAGAUCAGGAAAACAUAACGGAAAUUGACCAACUGAAUGAUGCAUCUCAACUAACACGACAUGAAGAAUCUCCCCUUGGUCGUGGUUGUUCACUCUUUUAUAAGCCACCUCAGCUUCAAGAUGUUUGUCUUUCUGCUGUUUCUACUCUAUCAUACGAUUUCAUUGAAAAGCAAUUUCACUGCUCAGCAAUUGUGUCGUCACCAAAAGAAUAUCAGACACCUCCCUCUUCAAAGGGGAAGGAACCAACACAAAGUAUUGAAUCAAUAUUAAAAGAUGCAGCUAGAAGUUUCCCGAACACUCCCUCUAUUAUCAGGAGGGCAAAGAGGGAAGCAGAGACAACUCUUGCUUCUGAAAUAAGUUUGUCACAUGUGGAUAGCGUGAAAUUUUCUGAGAAUUUUGCAACUAUUGCUACUACUGGAAGGAGCAGAGAAAGCUUGGAGCCAGUUGAGUCUUCAAUGACAAAACAUGGUCCAAGUACUUCUGGCAGAAGAAAUAAUUCAUACCAUGACAACAGCUUCAAUGGUUCUCCUCCAUACAGAUUGAGGUCCAAAAGAACUGCAAUUAUCAAAUCUAUGGGGAAGCAGCUUGAUUUUACAGUCGAGGAGAAGGAUUGCAACAGUAAUGUCAAGCCCCUGUACUUGGCCACUCAUCCUCCCAAGCAGACAAAAGAGGGAACACAAUGAGAAUCUAGUUGGAUUUGAAAAGUGCAAAAAUAUAAAGAAGUCCGACGCACUAGAUUUAUGUUUGGACAACAAAGAUAUGGGAAGUAUUAUUUUCCACUUAGAUCCCACACUGUAUUUAAGUGGUACCAAACACAUUGGACUGCACACGUUUCUCACUGCCCCUGUGCGGGUGUUGUUUAAAUUGCAAGUGGAUUUCGUAUCUUGCACCAAAGUUAUCCAAAUCAUCGGCACAAGAUUUGGGCAUUAAUUGUUGUUAAACCACCCCUUGAAAUGGGAAGUGGUAGAAUUUUUCGCCCGAACAAGAACUUGUCUAGAGCUGAUGCUGAAAAUUAUUCCCAAUUGAGUAGGACUCGUGAAAAUAAACCCAUGGGCCAUGGGCAUUUUUUUAUGCUUACAGUGUUAUUCAAUAUGACAUGAAUAAAUGAAUGCCAUGCCCUGUUUUUUUU